AUGGAUGAAGUUUAUCAGACACUUGGAGAGCUUAGAACGUUCCAGCAACAUCAACACGAGACUCUAAUGGCUAACCCGGGGCCCAAUUACGCUUCUGCGUCCGACAGAGAAUUGAUGGAACGGUUUGUCAGAUCAAUGCUGACCUUUGCGCGUGAGUUCACUCAGUAUUCAUCCGGAGAUGGACCCCAAGCUGUGACUGCUGCCAAUAGUGGCAACAAUGGGAAGGGGGUCACCGGUGCAGAUGAUGGGAAUGUUGUGACGACAUCCACAGAUCAAGAUAACAGAGGGAAAUCAAUGGCUAUUAAUGUCAUGACUGAUCCUUCGUAUGACUUUAUCAGUAGAAACAACAAUACCAAUACCAACAACAACUUCAGCAGAGCUUCCAAUAACGCAAGAUUACCCUAUGGGGGUUCAGGUGCUGGUGGUGGGGGGAGUGGCACUGCUGUUGUGGGGGCCGGAAAUGCUUCAGUAGCUGGCGGCGGAGAUAAGGACGGAGAAUUGGUGAAAAGGCGAAAGGGUAAGGAUAAGAGAAACAACAACAACAAUAAUUCCAGUGACCCCAGUGGCAACCAAUCAGGAAAGAAUCUACAACAAAGUAAUAAUCUUCAAUUGUCACCUUCCCUUCCUGCUUUGCUUCUGCCCAGCCAAUUAGAUCAUCAUAGAAGACUACCUCCUCCACAAGCAGCUCUGCGUCUGGCUCAACUGCAACUGGAUCCCUUAGGUUCAAGUGGAGGUAGUUAUCAGAUAACUUCUGGUAUUCUUAGUGGGACUGGAGCCACUUCACAGAGCCCUGUAACUGGAGGAGCUGGUGGAGGACCUGCACCAGGCACACUGUCAGCUUUCUAUACCGGGAAUGGAACCCCUGGCGGGGGAGUUAACGGUGGAGUUAAUGGAGAUAAGGACCACCCAUCUAAAAGAAGAAAAGUCUCUCGCAAAGAUUUGAGUGAAGUUCCUAAAUAUAAACUUGAAAAGUCUCUUAAACUGAUCGAACAUAUUUGGAAAGAAUAUGAAUACGGAGUUAACGACAAACCACCGUUAAGAGCAUUGGAGGAAAAGUUUGGAGCGAAAUGGAGAGACGAAACUCAACUGCGGACUUAUUUGAGACGGAAGAAGAUUUAUGAUGCCAUUUUGAAAGGUAAAGAUAAAGGUUAUACCGAGGCUGAAGUAAUAAAGGAAUUGGAAGAUGCUCGAUAUGAUGGAGGUAAUAAACGCAAAUCAUUAAUGUGGUUAACUGGCAAUAUCCCCGACAAGUUUCAGUAA